GUAUUUCUUUGCGUUUUCGAUUUAUUAACAAAUAACUCCGACUCUGUUGGCAUACACACAACUUAACCUCACAUUUUUAGUGAUGUGCACUUAGAAAACAAAUUCAAACACGUGUAACUCGUGUAAAAUCAAACAAAACAACGAAUUACAAAUUUUAACAAACUUCGAAGAUUUUUACCCAAAACACUCAAAAAACCAUGGAGAAUGAUGAUAAUAAACAAGUUAAGAAGCCUCCAAUGACAGAUGAGGAGCGUCUUGCCUUAGCAGCGAAAUUAGACAAAGAUUUAGACGAUUUCAUCGAGAAUUUACCAAAAAGACAACCAUCAACAGAACCACUUGAUGAAAACUGGCUUGAAGAGUUUGAUAAACACCCAUUCUUCAUGAAAAAAGUCCCUGAACCAGGCGAAGAAUUACAUCCACUCUAUGAAGGCCUGCAACAACUCAAAUAUGACCCCAAUGAGAAUACACCUGAAGAACUAGCUUUAUCCUAUAAAGAAGACGGCAAUUUCAACUUCAAACACAAGAAUUAUCGACUUGCUGUGAUUGGAUACAGUGAAGGCAUUAAAGUUAGAUGUGGAAAUGCUGAGAUUGAAGCCAGUUUAUAUAAUAACCGCAGUGCGGCGCACUGGUUCCUACAAAAUUACAGGUCUUCGUUGAGAGAUGCUGAGUCAGCAUUGAAAUACAACCCGAAUCAUGAAAAGGCCAUGCAGAGAGCGGCGAAUUGCUGCCUAAAAACACAGAAAUUCGAUGAUUGUAUCAAGUUUUGUGAUAGAAUCUUAGAUAAAAUAAAAAAUGCAGAUAUUUCUGAGGUUAGGAAACAAGCUGUCAAUGGUAAAAAAGCAGCUGAACGUAAUGAGAGGAAAAAACAAGCGGAAAUUAAAAAGAAAACACAAGAAGAGAAUAUGUUAAUCGAUGAAUUGAGUAAAUUAGGUGUGAAAUUUAAUCGCAGUAAUUUAUCAUUACUACAACCACAAUUUGCGGAAUUGGAAAUGCAUCAUGUGCAUCUUAAUAAAGAUAAAAUACUCAUCUGGCCUGUUGUGUUCAUGUAUCCAGAGCAUAAAACCAUGGAUUUCGUUCAGCAAUUCCCUUGUAAUUCAACGUUUCAGGAACAAUUGGAGCUUGUUUUCGAUGAGAAGCCUGCUUGGGAUCAAAAUGGCGAGUAUAAAAUUGAGAAUUUGAAUGUUUACUAUGAGUAUGACGCGAAGAAACGUGUGAAACGCGUUGGGAAGCAGAAAAUGUUAAGUGAAGUCUUACAACAGCCAAGUUUUGUGCUGACUGCAGGAACACCUUGCUUUCUCAUCACUGUGAGUGGAAGCGAAGCUGAAAAACAAUUUUUAUCCAGUUAUUAAUUGUUAUUAAUCAAUAAUUUGAAAAUAAAACUCGUUACAGCAAAAAA